ACAGGAUGUUAAUCAUGUUGAGCCGGAAAUCCUUUACGAAAUAUAUUUCUAAUCGCAUACGUACCUUGAUUUGAAUUUGGCGAUGAUGGGUAACGAAGAGUGAGAGAAAGGAAGGAGAAAAACUGUACCACGGUAGUGUAAAUUGUGUUGCCGAACCGUGCGCUAAAAGAGUUGUGUUUGGCCAGUUUGGCAUGGCUUUUACUUGGGUGUCGUAGCAAGGAUUCCCUUGUUUUUUUUUUUUUUGAUAAAAAAAAAAUAAAUAAAAUUACAAAAAUAACAAAAGGUACUAAUUUUUAAUUUAAUCACACCACUACAACAACAACAACCACAACAAAAAUGGAUCAACAAUUUUGUCUACGCUGGAACAACCAUCCGACAAACUUAACAGACGUCCUCUUGAGUCUAUUACGAAGACAAGCCCUUUGCGAUGUAACCCUGGCCUGUGAAGGUGAAACGCUCAAGGCGCAUCAGACGAUAUUGUCAGCAUGUAGCCCUUAUUUUGAGAUGCUCCUGAUUAAGAACGUCCAUCCUCAUCCCAUCAUCUACCUGAAAGACGUCAAUUACAACGAGAUGAAAGCACUCCUCGACUUCAUGUACAAAGGCGAGGUGAACGUAUCACAACACCUUCUGCCCAUGUUCUUGAAGACGGCGGAGGCGUUGCAAAUACGCGGCCUUACCGAUCAUAACCAAUUGAAUAGUAAAGUGGACGCGCCGGUCGAUGUCCCUAAACGAGAGUGGCCCCCUGAACAUGAUUCGCAACCACAUGAAAAGCGGAAAAGGAAAUCGUCGAAUAAUAACUGUGAUAACAACCAAGAGCGAUAUAAUGAUAGUCAGCCACCUAGCAAUUACAAAACAACCGUACCAAAGCUCACACCUAUUACAACAGAGAAGGAUGCACAUAUGGAUGAUCUGAGGGUAACUCCUCCAAUGGUUAAGCAAGAAUUGACACAUGAUGGAGCUCAGGUGGAUUCUUUUCAUUGUAUGUCCGAAGCAUUGCAAACGGGUGGAAGCAUAAGUGUUCAUCCAGAUGACGUCCUGUCGAAUCAAGCGCUGUCGGAAACAUCAGAAUCAGAGAGCACGGCCCCAGUACUACCACCACAGGAAAUUAACGACGCUAUAGACGGAGGAAGAAAAGUAGGAGGAGAACCCAAAAAACUUGAUGUUGUAGAAAAAUUGCAAGGGACUCAACUUCCAGAAGAAAGUAGUCAACAAUCUUCCCUAAUUUUAGCUAGUUUAGACGCGGAUUUUCAUAAAAAUCAAAGAAAAAUGAAAACACAAUCAAAUCGGUGUAAAACACUAAAAGAUGAAACUCUAAAUUCUUCCGCUGAUGAAUUUUAUUCAGCGAAUUAUUUCAACAGUGUAAUUGAUAUUAAUAAAAUAGAAAUCGGCGAAACUGUUGUUGAAGAGACAAAAACUGAUAUUGAUGAGAAAAUAAAAAAUGAUGGAAAUGAUGUAGGAGUUAUUCAAAUUCUUGACUCGGAUGACGACGACACUUUAGAUGAUGAGGAAAUUCUCGCAACAAGUACUCAACACCCUUCCAAAAUUUUAGCCAGUUCUGACGAUAAGUUUCAUAAAAAUCAACGAAGACGAAACAGUACAAAACAAAAUUCAAUAUCAGAAGCAGAAAUUAACAAUUUUAAUGACGAAGUUAAAACUCAAGAAUAUUGGAAAAUUGUUUUAGGUUUGUGUGACAAAUCUCAAGAUGAAGAAAAAUUAAAACAAGAUAAAACUAUUUGUAGUUCAAGUGAUGAAACAACAUGCGAUCCUGAAGAAAUUGAAAAAUACAAAUCUAAAAUAAACGAAAUUGACUCAAACGACGAAACAAUAUGUGAUUUAGAGGAUUAUCAAGAAUGUUCCCCUAAAAUUGAUGUAAAAGGUAAAAUCACAGAAACAUCUUCUGAAUUAAUUGAUGUUUUGAAUAGUAGUGAAGAAACUCAGUAUGAUAAUCACACUUUAGUUGAUAUAUUAAACGAUACAAAUCAAGUUGAUAAUGAAACAAUAAACGAAAAUAAUAAACGCGUAAAAUGCAACGCUUCUGAAAGAUCCGACACCGAAUUAAAAAAGAAAAUAAAAGAACCUCAAUACAAAAUUUGUCGAAUUUGCACAAUUUGGACUACAAAUCUUAAAAAACAUCUUCAAGAACAACAUAAAAGUUAUUAUCUCAAAAAUAAAGAUAAAAUAAGAUAUCAAUAA